AUGAAUCAGGCGCAGAUCCCUUCGGCAGAGACCAAACCCCACGGGGUCAGGCCCCACAUCUGCUGUGCGCCCCCUCCCCGCGCCCCCUCCUCCCUGGGCAGCCCCACCCUCCUGGUCCGAGCCAAGCCCCGCCGGGGCAGCCCCGAGCCGGGCCAGCCCGCGGACAGCGAGCCCUGCACGGCGGAGCGGAGCCGAGACCACCCCCGGGACAGCGCCGAGCCCUGCCCGUCGGAGCCAGCCCCCGACAGCGGCUGGCUCAGCGCCGACGAGUCCUCGGGCUACGAGAGCGAGAGCGCGGGCGCGGAGCGCGGCGGGGCCCGCGGGCGGCAGCGGCGGGCGCGCACCGCCUUCACCGCGGAGCAGGUGUGCCGCCUGGAGAAAACCUUCCAGCGACACAAGUACCUGGGCGCCACGGAGCGCAGGAAGCUGGCGGCUGCCUUGCAGCUCUCGGAGAUCCAGAUUAAGACCUGGUUUCAGAACCGGAGGAUGAAACUGAAGAGACAGAUCCAGGACCACCAGCACAGCCUCGUGUCCCCUGUUCCAGCGCACAGCUACGCCCCGGGGACCUCACCAGCUGUGUUUCAGGAUGCUCUCCACUACCCCUUUGCUGCCCAGCACCAGGGACUGCUGCCUUUGACCCCGAUGCCUGCUGUGCAGUUCAGCUUCUCCUUUCCCAGAUAUGAUGCACCGCAAAGCGCCUACCACUUUAUGGCAAAUGAACUGCCCUACUACCAUCAACAUCUUCUUCCUCAUCCUUUCCAUCCAGUUAUUCAGAACAAAAUGGACAGGCCAUGCCACCCUUUAUAUGCAUUAUAGCGCAAAAACAGUGUUAUACACUGAUAUGUAUUCAAUGCUUAGAAUCUCUU